UACGCAAUUUUAACAUACACAUAUAUUCCUCUUUUAAACAAUGUUCAAACUUACAAUUAGUAUGAAAUCUCUUCCGCGUUAUAAGUGAUCUAUUCGGAAAUUUAGCCAAUCAAAAGACGCGUCUACGAGAAAUACGUGCCCCAUUCGGUGUUCGUAUAUGAAUCCGCGUUAUUGAUUCUUUCGAUUCGAACGAAAAUGCAGAAAAUAUCGCUGCCUAUAGGUUAGUAACUCCGUAAAAGUCGCUUAGUACGCGAAUAACUUUGGUGUUGUGAUAAUGUUUCGAUAACUUACGAACUAAUACAAAAUGCACCGAUCAAACGUGUUAUCGAAUUGAUGUAAAUAUUUCGAGCAACCUAUUAUUUAUAUUCUUAAAUAUAUAAUAAUUCUAUCGAUUGAGGUUAUAAUAAUAGAAAGAUGGCAGAGGAGGGAAAAAAGAUUUCCUUUGGCUUUGCAAAAUCUAUUAAAAAACCAAUAUUAAAAACUACUGUACCGCAAGAACAGAAAAAAGUCGAUUAUAUUGAAUGCCUUGACGAGAAAGGUAUUAAAGUAAUCGGAGAAGAGGAGAAAAAAGAUGAGCCCCUCGUUAUUCCUUUACUGGGUUCCAAAACAUGGCACGAUAGAAUUAUUAACAAAAUUGAUGCCGAUAUCUUUGAAACCAAGACGAUAAAGGAGGAACCAGAAGAUGUUAGCACGGAGCAGAAACAAAAGUCUUAUAUACCUAAUGGUAGUACAUCUCCCAAGAUAUCCGUCAAAACAGAACCUAUAGACGAUAACGGGGAUAAAGCUGUCACUUUGGAAGAGCAAGCGGCUAAAGAAAUCAUUAAUGACCUAGAAUCUAAGGAAAAAGAACAACAAAGCCAAACGUGUACGUUAACUUUACCUUUAACGGAAGAUCCAUCGUUAAGAGGCAGAGAACAGUCUACCCUAGAAGAUUACGAGAGAAUUCCUGUUGACGCUUUCGGUUUAGCAAUGUUGCGAGGGAUGGGAUGGCAGCCUGGGAAGGGAAUCGGUAAAAAUGAGAAAGUUGUAUCGGCUGUUGUACCUGAACUACGUCCGAAAGGUAUGGGACUUGGAGCAGACAAAGUGACGUUGCAAAAGAAAACAACAGAUUCGAAGAAAACCGAAGAAGAACUUAAAAUCGAGAAAGGCACUUUUGUCAAAAUCAUUGCCGGAAAACAAAGUAACAAUUAUGGUCAAAUAGAGGGAUUCGACGAUGAUGCUGGAAGACUUAUCAUAAAACUAGCGCUUGGAGGGAAUAUUAUUUCUGUAAAUGAAUUCAUGGUGCAACCUGUAACUAAAUCCGAGUACUCGAAGAAUUCAAAAGUUCUAAAUGCCAAGAAAUACGAAGAAUAUAAAGAUAAAGCGUCCACAGAACUAAAACGUAAAACUGACAGAAUGAAAAGGUCAGCUUCUGUAUCCUCCGAAGACUCUGAAACCGAUGAUAAAAAUAACGAAAGUGUUAAGAAAAAGAAAGAUAUUUCAUACGACAGGAAAUCGAGAAGACGGAAAAGGUACUCGAAAUCUGACAACGAGGAUGACAGUGAUUACGAGAAACGGAGGAAAAAAGGAACGAGUAUUUCUAGCGAGAGCAGCGAUUCUUACGAAUCGAAAAAAUCGAAGAAAUCAAAGAAGCACAAGAAAAGUUUACCAGAAAGGUCGAGUAAAAAGCACAAGAAAAAAGAUAAGGAGAGAGAAAAGACGAGAGAUAGAAGAUCAAGAGACUUUUCGGAUAAACGGAAACAUAAGAAACGAGGAAAAUCAAGAUCUCGAUCGUCUAGUAAACGGUAACAUUUCUCGAAAACAGAUUCCGUUAUUUUACUUUUGCGACAGACUGUAUAGUUUUGUUUAUAUACAUUUUAUAAUAAAAGAUAUUUUUACAAAA